AUGUCUUACAACGACGACGCAAGUGGCGAACAGCAGCCCUUCUACUACGACGACGGCAGCUACGAUGACGACGCCAGUGUAGGCUCCUCCGCCUUUGGCGCUUCUGCCUAUGGCGAGCCGUCGGCUUAUGGCGGGGAGGGGUUGAACGACCAGUGGCCAGACGACCAACAGUGGCAAGGCGACCAACAGUGGCAAGGCGAUCAACAGUGGCAAGGCGGCCAGUGGCAAGGUGGUGGUCAAUGGCAAGGUGGUAGCCAGUGGCAGGACCCGCAACAACAAUACCAGUUCUUCCCGCCACCACCACAAUGA